GGAAGAUAAUUUAAAAUAAGCAAGUUGUUUGCCCCUGGUACAUUGUUAUUACUACAUUGUUGUUGUUGUGAAAAAAGUUUUAUCCAUACCUUACUCUAUUACAUAAUGAUUGGUAUUAGUAAUCUUAUUAGUUUGUUUGAUUGUGUUUAGCGAACACUGGAUGGUUAUUUUAAUCCAAACGGGAUCGCAGAGUGUAGCAUUUUUGGAUUCCAGAAACAAAACCAUUCGUCAAGAUAUUAAAAGAUGUGUUCAAACUGCUCUUGAGAGGUACUACCUUGAGAAAAGAAACCGACGGUCAGUAGCAAUAAGUUUCACUGAGUACAGAUGUCCAGAGCAACUAGAUGGCGACCAGUGUGGGUAUUAUAGCAUGAGAUUUAUUAAAUCAUUCAUGACUGAAAAUAAUCCUACACGAAAAUUGGAAACAGAGUUUAAAAGGAGCAUAUCAUCCUCUUACACUAACAAAGAAAUCAAUGAAAUACGUGACGAAUGGGCAAAGUAUGUCAUGCAGAUGAUAGCAGCAGGCAAAUGACUAAUAACAUAGAGUAUGAUGACCCAUGAUCGCUCAUGGACGAUCCCCAUGUGAUCUAAGAAAAUGAUUGAUAGGUUUGACAUCGAUCUUAGUUACUAUUGUCUUGCUUUUUCAGUUUUUAAGAAGUAAUUUCCAGCUAUAUGAUUAAAGUCCCAAGUGACUACUUGGAGACUUAUUUUGUUCUUAGUAUACAUAUUUUUAAAUGUUCAGAAGAUAUUCUACAAAAGAUUGCAAAAUGUAAAAACUUAAUUGGAUUUCCUUCUUUUGUAUUGCAUUACUAAACUUUGAUGGCA